CAAAACCUCAUCACACAUCAAAUUCUCUUAAUCCCAAAAAGACCUUCAAAAAUCUUCCCUUUUCUUGUUCAGUUUUCACUUUUUUCUCUGCAACUAGCAAAUCACUACAUAAUGGCGCCAGAAUUACUUAAAGCCGCCGUAAGUAGGGUUACCUGCUCCGGUGGUGCUGGUCAAGCUAAGGCCAGCAGCCUGCCAAGCCAUGCAUACGUAACAUUCUUGGCAGGCAAUGGUGAUUAUGUGAAAGGAGUGGUAGGGCUGGCCAAAGGGCUGAGAAAAGUGGACACUGCUUACCCUCUUGUCGUGGCGGUUCUGCCGGAUGUGCCGGAGGAGCACCGCCGCAUACUGGUGAACCAGGGGUGUAUAGUCCGCCAAAUUGAGCCCGUUUAUCCGCCAGAAAAUCAUAAUACCCAGUUUGCUAUGGCUUAUUAUGUCAUCAACUAUUCAAAGCUUCGAAUUUGGGAGUUUGUGGAGUAUAGCAAGAUGAUAUACUUAGAUGGGGACAUCCAAGUUUAUGACAACAUAGACCAUCUUUUCGAUUUACCAGAUGGGCAAUUUUAUGCUGUAAUGGACUGUUUCUGUGAGAAAACAUGGAGUCACACUCCUCAGUACAAGAUUGGGUAUUGCCAGCAAUGUCCAGACAAAGUCAAGUGGGAUGAAAAAUUGGGUCCUAAGCCCUCUCUUUACUUCAAUGCUGGGAUGUUUGUUUUUGAGCCAAGUCUACCUACCUAUUAUGAUCUACUGCAAACCCUCAAAAUAACCCGGCCGACCUCCUUUGCCGAGCAGGAUUUCUUGAACAUGUUCUUUAAGGACAUUUACAAGCCAAUUCCCAACAAUUACAACUUGGUUUUGGCCAUGUUGUGGCGGCAUCCUGAGAACGUCAAGCUCGACCAAGUUAAGGUUGUCCAUUACUGUGCUGCAGGGUCCAAGCCAUGGAGGUACACGGGAAAAGAAGAGCAUAUGGAUAGGGAGGAUAUCAAGAUGCUAAUCAAGAAAUGGUGGGACAUUUAUAACGAUAAGACAUUGGAUGUUAUUGUUGCCGCCUCAUCCGCUGCAACGGCAGCCAAUGGUCAAGUGUCUGAAGCUAAGUUGACAGCAGCACUAACGGAGGCUGGUGUUGUUCAUUUUAUCGCUGCCCCUUCGGCCGCUUAGAUUUGGCUUGUGUAGUUUGCUGAAUUGUGAGAGUUUUAAGCAGUUGGAUUGGCUUGUUUUUAUGAAGAUCGCCACUCCAACUUUGUUUGUAGGGUGUCCUUUGUAGCUUGAUUGGUGUUUUUUGGCUUUAGAUAUAUUGAAUGUUACCCCUAUGAAUGUUA